AUGGGUUCUCUCGCGAUCGCGUUCAAGAACGCGUACCUCAACGGGUCCGGCCCGGAAUUAGCUGCAGUGCUCACCCCGAUCGCGCCAUCUGAAGAUCGCGAUCGGCUGCGCUCGUUCUACCGGUUCUCCAACGCCGAAUAUCGAUCCAAAGAUCUCAGCUAUGCUCUCUUCCACGGGAAAAGCAUGAAAUUGCCAAAGGCCGAGCAGGCUGCCUGGGUUGACAUCUUUAUUGUUUACUGGGAAGCUAUAGGCGAAAUACUUCACUGUGAAGAUCGCCUUCCUGGUGCUAGCGUCGUUAUAGUCUUCAAUGCCUGGAAAAAGGUUGCCAAUGCCCUCAUCCGGGGAUACUCGGGCUCUGCCGGCAUUCCGGCUUGGACAUUGCCAUGCUUGUACACUGUCGGAAAGUACUUGCGUACUUUUGCGAUCAAUGCGGAUCUCGAAGCAGCAUCCCAAGGCUCUGCUGGGUUUGGGUUCCAGGAUGACAUUGCAGCUGAUUUUGAGAAGAAUGCGAACUUGGAGGAGGCUGCCCGAGUCAUCAACCGGAUGUUUACUCUGUGCCUGAGUGAUAGAGCACCCCUCGAAGAGUCCCGCAAGUGGGGUAUCUAUAACAUGACCAAUCUACUAUUCAAGACAUAUUUCAAGAUCAACUCCGUCGGCCUUACCAAGAACCUGCUCCGCGCCAUCAAAGCCUCGUCGGCCGAUCUGCCCCCUCCUGAAGCUUUCCCCAAAUCCCACAUUGUCACGUUCGAAUAUUACGUUGGGGUCAUCCACUUCUUGGAAGAGAAUUAUACAGAGGCCGAAGAACACCUGACAUGGGCUUGGAAGAUGUGCCACCGAGACGCAACCAAGAAUCGAGAAUUGAUUCUUACCUACCUUAUUCCCUGUCACCUCGUCACCACACACACGCUUCCCACCAAGGAGCUCCUUGCACCAUUCCCACGACUUGAGAGGCUUUUCCGGUCUCUGUCGAACUGUAUUCGAAAGGGUGACUUGGUUGGAUUCGACCAAGCCAUGACUGCUGGCGAGGAAGAGUUUGUGAAGAGACGUAUCUAUCUGCCGUUAGAACGUGGACGCGACAUUGCCUUGCGCAACCUGUUCCGAAAAGUUUUCCUCGCUGGUGGUUUCGACGAACCCAAGGAGGGUCAAACUCCGGUUCGACGUACUCGUGUCCAUGUGAAUGAGUUUGCGGCAGCUCUCCGUGUGGGUACUUCUACAAGUGGUCGCUCGCGCAUUGAUAUCGAUGAGGUGGAGUGUUUACUCUCCAACCUCAUCUACAAGGGACUCAUGAAAGGAUACAUUGCACGUGAUCGAGGCAUCGUCGUUCUGAGCAAGGGAGGCGCUUUCCCGGGCACAGGUGUCUAA